AUGCCGCCCACUCCUGAGCUCUGUGUAUUCGUGCAUGCAGAGCGAGUUUUCACAUCUUUCAAUGCGUCUUCGCUCCCUGCCACGAUCCCUCCUAUUCCUCGACCCUGGAAUUCCUACCUCGAGUCCGAUUCUUCCCCCGACAAUAUCAAGGAUGCAUUGACCACGCAGUGGGCUUAUGAGACGCGCCCAUGGUUUCCGCUUAUCGCGGCAAAUCCUCAUUUUGAUGGGGCUGUCUUUGGCUGCCUCAACCACUCACUCUACUCUUUGCCCAUAGCGUCUACACCCGAUGGCCGCUAUAUCUUGCGCGAAGACGUCCGACGAGAAUGGGAGAGCCUAGAGCAGAAGCUACUCUGGUGCCAGCAACGGCUAGCGGUGAACAUACAUUUUCCUUGGUAUGGCCAACCCCCAAGACCUCCGAGAGACUACGGCUACCUGAGGUCUCAUGUUGAUGCGAAACUUGCAAAGAAGGUUGCUAUGAGAUCUCGCGAUGCGUUCUUAGGUCCGGUGCUCAUCUGGAUCUCAGCCAUCUGCACAUACUUCAUUAUGGCUCAUCAGUAUAGGCCUCACAACGAUUUACCCACAUGGACUUCUCUCUUAACGAACGACCCUCAGUGUCCUAUUCUACCUGCGUGGGUGAUGGAGCUCUCCCGCACAUUUGUUGGAGAUCUUACGGAUGCCGUGCCACGCAACGGUAUGAUUAUCAACGGUGCCCACAGUCUGGCCUGGGAUGUGGACGUGAUAAUGUUUGAACGCUUCAAAGUUCCGAUCUGGGUGCAUUGGCCUGCUGGUAUUCCAGGCGACAAGGCGUGGAAACGCUACCUGCCCUCAGCAGACAAUCUCGCUGCAGCGACCCGCGCAGCUCCUCAGAGUGAUCCAUGGGGCACUUAUGAUCCAUGGGGCGCUCAGUUAGAUCUUCACCCUUGGCUCGCCCAGUCAAAUGAUGCGCCAGAUCCUGAGUCAAGCCAGUUAGCACCAUCGUCCAGUCAACCACAACAAGACCUCUCUCGUUUUCCGCUUCCCGAGAAAAAUAGUGGACAGAGGCAUGGCGAAGAUUGGCAGGCGUUUUUUGCGCGCAGGGCCAUGCAGAACGCGAAGAAGGAGGCGAAGGAGACUCCCUCUCAACGACAGUCACGUCUCGGUCGUGAACGUUCGGCGGAGAAUCAUAGCCUUCCCGGCAAGUCCAGCAGGAGUUGGGUGUUUGAAUGGCAGCCCCAGGAUGAUUACAACGAUUUUUUGUUGCGCACCCACAUCACGAAGGCUGGGAUCGAGGAGGUAUGGGGAAACUACAGCAAGUCCACCAGGAUCUUUGAUUCCUUCUCCAAUCAGUGGGACUUGUGUCUCGCCCUCGACCCCACCAGCAUCCCUGACGGUGAUGAUCGGGAAGAUGACGACGACAUCAUGCCUCCCCUUCCCAUAACGUCCCCAUUCCAAGUUCCGCCUCCAGCCCCUUCCAGUUUUGCCGACGACAUAUACAAAUACUUCGGCAGCAACGUUUCACUAUCAUCGAGGCACACACACAUUGAAGGAUUCAUUCCUGUCUUGCAUUACCACUUCGGAUAUCGAAGCACCGCUCCUGCCUCUGCCCCCGUGGCCGUAUCAUCCCUACCAGUGAGUGACUGGAUUAAGAAGGCGAAAUGGGAUCAACUUCGCAAACUCUUUGGUGAUUCAACGGCAGAAACAGGUUCAAUCACAGAGCCGCAACGCCAGUGCAUCACGAUGUUCACUGCGUAUCUCGUCAAUUUGAACGUGUCUGACUUGAACGCAAUCCCCCCCGACCUUUGGGAUCUAGGACCCCUCUCGUCUUUGCAGAUUUCACAUGCCCAUAUUCAUGUCUCUCGCACGCAGCUAUCGCAAUGCCGAUAUUAUAUAAUCGAGCCCCGCGAGUCCCCAAAUCAUGUCGUUUGGACUCUGGCUAUCCUCAAUCCGGCUACCGCUGUAAUGUGCCUGCACCGUAACUGGGGUUCAGACUUGACGCAAAUUGUGUUGGCUUUGCUUAAAAGCGGCAUUGCAUUCAGGACUUUACAGCCGAUGGCCGUCGCGCCUAACUUGCGACGCCCCCUCUCUGAACUUCGUACAUACACAUUGGGACAUCGACGACCCCCCUUCAAUCCCCCAUAUGCUGAUUACGUCGUUUAUGAGCAGCUGCGUCAUGAGUUCAUGAAUCGUCCCCUCGCUCGGGCUGCGUUCUUGCAUGGGGGACUCAUAUGGUGGUUGGCUUUGCACAGCCUCGGUUUUGAUCAUCUUCCAUCUGUCGUCGAAGGUAUUUCCACUGAAGCCGUUCCAUUUGGCGACCUAUUGGUUGGGGAUGGUGGUCAGACUUACUACGAUGAUGGGUUGUCGGAGGAGGAAAUCGAUUUCAUGUGUGGAACAUACUACAUAGACCUCCGUGACGGCCUGGAGGUGGUCUCAUGGUGGCCUCGGCCCAAUGCUUGGAAUGUGUCUGGCUUGAAUGUCGGCUUUUGGUCUGCACACUGCGAAGAUUGGUUCCAAACACGUCUUGGCAAUAUUCGAGAGGGGGUUUCCCGCACACGGCAUGCGCUCACCAACGACACUAAUGGUCCGAUAACCUCCACGCAGUGGAAGCGCUCCCUCAAAUUUCAACCUGCUACCAACAAGAUCACGCGCAACAUGUCAGCAGCAUGUUAUGAUUUCAUGGCAAGAGCACCAGUUUGGACUCAGACAUAG